UAUUUUCUUAACCUAAAAAUCAAACCUGUAUUUUAUGAUAAAUUGCCACCAUAGACAUUUAUUGGGUGUCAAUGCUGAUCCUUCAAAACUUCAAAGUCUCAGUGAAUUGAAUCGAAAUAGAUUUUUGAGUUAGAGGACAACAAGUUCAACGUUCCAUUAAAGUUGGAAACAGCCCUAUUACAGAAUGAAUGAGCGCGUAUGGACAAGACGUAAGAUCACAAAUAAACGGGAGUCUGGUGACAAUAAAGCUCAUGCUUUUAAGCGAUUAUUGGCAAUGCGGAACAACAAAUUCAGCAAGGGCAAAUUUUCCGAAGACUGUGCAGGGAAGACUGAAGCUAGUAAUUAUUGCAAUGCACAAAAGCGGAAGGAGGUAAAUAUCAUGGGUAUAGAGACUUGUUCCGGAGAUUCCUCGCCACACAGUGAGUGGGAGAAUGUAUCGCAAAACGUUCCGCCAGAGAAAUUUAAAAAUGAAGCACACGUAUUCGACCGGGAACAGCUAAGUAGAGCAGUCAUAAAACGAAACGAGAUGGAGAAUUUACUAGAAAAAUCUAUUUUCGAGGAGACUGUAACCGGAUCCUUUGUGCGGCUAAGUGUUGGAAAAAUCUACUGCAUUUACGAAAUUAUUGAUCUGAAUCAUGACAGAAAGGUCUCCCGAGUAGGCAGUAAGCACACCAAUCUGGUCCUGACCUUGAGGUGCGGUUCCGAAAAGCGUUAUUCGCGUAUAGACAUGGUUUCAAAUCAGCCAAUUACACAAAAGGAAUUCUUAUUGUGGUUGGCAACCAAUCUGCGCGAUCGACACAUUUUGCCAAAACUUUGUGACAUUGCAAAAAAGCAGGUGCAGAUUAAAAAGGCCUGUAAAUACAAAUACCCUGAAGCUGAUGUGGAGAAGCUUAUUCAAACCAAAAGGAAAGCUGGUCUAGAGCAGAAUGUCGCUUACAGAAAAAUUCGUCUAAUUAUAGAGCGGGAUGUGGCAGCGGGUAAAGACGAUGUGGGAAAAGUGCAAGCGUUGGAAAAGGAAAUCCAAGAGAUCGAUGAGGAACACAGACUCCAUAUCGAAAAUUCUGGCCAGCAUCGGUACCCCGUAAUUAGUUCUUCGCGCGUGGUUCAUAAGCCUACCAUUUACCGGGACGAGUUAGGUGUGGCUCCCAGAGGCAAAAGUUCCUUUGGUAAGCGAUCCGCGAAUCCCAAUCAACUUAAGUUAGAGCAGUAUAUGCGACGAAAAUAUAAAAAAAGUGUUGUCGUCAGUCGCAGUCGACUUGAUGAAGAAUUGUAUGAUCAGGAGAAGGUUUCUUCAACUACGAUACACGAAAUUCCUACCGAAAAAGAAAAGAAGGAGGGUGAGGCUGAGACAGAAAAAAAAAAAGGGAGAGAGGAAGAUCUCCAUUUGCAAAAGUUAAACACUUUUAAAAUUGAAUUGGAUACGACAGGAUUAAUUCCUUUCAAUGAAAUUUUCACAAAUGUGAAGUUUGAUAGCCCUUGGGAUGAGAUAAUGAAAGGCAACUAAGGAUUUCAAACCACUAUUUACGAGUGUAAUGCUUAUUUGUGCAACAAAUGGAUCAAAUCUUAUAAAAUGUAAUUAUUUUCGUGUGAUUACUCUUAAGGAAUGGCUAUGCCAAAUGUUGCUAUUUUUUGAAAGUCUCAGUUGUCAAAUAA